AUGUCGGGGUGCUCUCCCUCUCCCCUCGCCCCCUCCUACGCUACUGCCACUGCUGUUGACUACCUUGGUGGUGAGUCUGUUGGUGCUGCUUCUACUCCUAGUGGGAGGCGCCGCAGCGGCAAGGGCAAGGGAGCCAAGGGUAGCGGAGGUGGCACUGGGGGGGGUGGUGGUGGAGAAGGUGGAGGAGGAGGUGGUGGCGGCGGAGGGAGUGGUGGCGGGAGUGCUGGCGGGAGUGGUGGCGUCGGUGGCGGCGGUGGGAGUGGUGGUGGAGGCGGUGGUGGCGGAGGGGGUGCUGGCGGCAGUGGCGGCGGUGGUGGUGGCCGGGGCGGCGUUGGCGGCGACGGUGGCGGUCGGGGCGGAGGCGUUGGCGCUGGUCAGAGACAGCAGCAACUCCAGCGUCCUCGUGAGGCACUUACGCCGCAGCAGCUUCGUGAGUGGCUUGCUCAGCGUGGGACGUCUGAGGGUAGUGGUCGCUGCCCGUAUAUCAUUCGCACAGGUGACCGCGCUGGUCAGACGUGCGAGAAGUUCCACACUCAGCACCGCUGCUUCUCCCGCCUUGACGACGCCUGGCGUGAGGAGAUGGUCGAGGAGGUCGAGCGCCCUAGGUGGCAUGAGUUGCUUAGGGAUGGUGUAGACCUCUUUUCUCUUGACUAUGAUGCUAUCCUUACUGCCAUGUAUGCAUUGACUGUUAGUGCUGAGGGAGACUGUUACUUGUGUGUGCCGCCUGACCCAGGUAUAGAGGCUGCUGCCUUAGUACUGCACUCACACCAGUCACUACACCUGCUGCAGUCUCUCUGGCUGACCCCUCAGGGGACCCAGUUCUUACACGGUCCACCAUUGUUCUCCCGUGCCCAGUGGUUCCGUCUGACUCACUGA